CAAUGUUGAACCUGACUCCUUUGAUCUUGAUAAUUAUCUUGCCAAAUAUGGUAAUACAUCUGGUUCGGUUACUCAUGACAACAACAUUCGAACUCUUAAAGUUCUACCUAUUAACUUUAAUCCUACAACAUGUGACUUACAAAAUGGCUUUUACUUUUUUGCAAAGCCUAUUGCACCUAUUAUUACUACCUGCAUUUGCAAAAAAUAUCAUACCUAUUUCACUUCUCAACAUAUUACUAUCUCAACAUCUUCUCAACCUACUACUGAAAACAUUUCUGACUCAUCCAACUCUAUGGAAAUAGAUUUCGAUAUUAAAUUAUUUAAAUCUCUUAAAAGCCUUUCAAGAUCCAAAUUUCAACCCAAGCAUGAAAUUUCUCACCCAUUCCCUACCUUCUAUAAAAAUUUUGAAGAAAUAUUGAAAAUUUUUGAUUGUCAUAGUUCAACAUUAUAUUCAACAAAAAAUAUUCUUCAAAACUUAGUUAAUAUUAACAUACAAUAUAUAGAUAUAUGUGUUAAUUCAUGUAUAGCUUAUACUGAUGAAUAUGUAGAAGCAAUGCAAUGUUCAAUAUGUUUAGCUACUCAAUUUAAUAAAAAUAGAAUUGUACAAAAAUCAGCUGCUUAUUAUCCAAUUAUUCCUCGAUUAAAGCUACAAUAUGCUGAUUCUGAAAGAUCAAAGCUCUUUAGAUAUCGCUCUAAUUAUGUAUUAAAUACUAAUACAUAUUGUGAUAUUUUUGAUAGACAUUUAUAUAAAAGACUAUUACAUAAUAGAAUGAUUAAAGAUGAGGAGAUUUAA